CGGUGAAUACAAGUGUCAAUAUAUUUUUGAAGAUCUACUAGGAAAGAAAUUCCCAUCCUGUAGACCAUCAUUUUUGAAUGGGAUGCAUUUGGAUGGUUAUAACGAGGAAUUGCAUCUUGCUUUUGAAUUCCAGGGUCCUUAA